CCCUCCCCGACACCUACGUCGGUGAGUCGCUACUUCUGUGCUACGGUCUGUGCUGGAGCGCAAACGUCCCUCCGCUUGCAUUGGAUGACAUAAGGAAUUUUAAACAAUGUUAGAUAUUAGAAAUUAGUCAUUUUCUGUGACGGGGUACUUCAUCCAGGUCAUUCUCAGUGUCCAAGCUGCUACAGGUGGUGUCGCUUAAGAAAAUGCACCGGCGAUCAAGAAAUCAAAACAGGGGAUUUGACUGACAGGCCCGGCUGAACCUUAACCGUGGCCAUCUCACAUUGCGUACGGCUGAUCGCUGUAGACGGGAGGCGACGUCUGUGUCGCAACAACAUCCGAUGUUCACAUAUAUCAGUAGUGCGUAGCAGCUGCAUGCGUUCAUGCACAGCGAUCUCUGAUCGUGUCAGACCCCCAAGACAGCUGAUCAUCAAACCGCUUGGAGUCUGCUCCCGUCCUCCUUCUCCACCCCUUGCACCACCCCACCUCACCGAGACUAAAGCUGACAGCUCAGAGACGAGUGCAUUUCUAACCAGGACAGGGAGACGCGGUCCGGCUUGCCUCGGUUCCGCUGCGAUGGGCUGUCAGGCACGAUCUCUGCGAAAUUUCAGCUACGGUCGUUUGUCAACUUUGCUUCUCUGUCAAGGAACUGCUCCUGUUUUCAGCUGAAUAAGCUGGAGGGCGGAAAAGCCUUUGCCCUGCAUCGCUUCUUACAUACGGCAGUAACAUCCAUCCCUUCACUGUGCGUUUCUGCUCACCUUCAAGAUGCACAUGAAUAGCUUGUUAAAUCAACUGAACUCCAGGGUAGGCUCCGGCACCCCAGCAACCCUGAACAGGACAAGCAGUUACAGAAAAUGGAUGGAUGGACUCCAGAAUUUACAGUGCUCUUCACAAGUCUUAGUUGAGAUUCCCGCUAUGUGUGAGGUGGACGUGACCCCAGAGCCCACCAGCCCCACGCUCCAAGCUGAGUCCUCCGAUUGCUACGACCACGCGGACCGCUGGCAGCGGCUUCGUGCCACUGUGAGGCGCCUGGAGUUCUGGGAAGGCUUCAGCGCUGAGCUGGUGGGCACCGGCUUCUUCUCGAAGGUCUACAAGGUUGUGCACAACUCAUCACGGAAGGUGAUGGUGGUGAAAAUCUACAGGAACGACGUGGACCAGGACAGCAUCGUGCGUGAGAUCACCCUCCUGCAAAAGCUCUCCCAUCCCAACAUUGUGAGGUAUCUUGGAAUUUGCGUGAAGGAAGACAAGCUGUACCCGAUCCUAGAGUACGUGAAUGGUGGAUCCCUGGAGGAGCUCCUGGCUCGGAAGGAUGUACCUCUCAGCUGGAGGGAGAAGGUGGAGCUGGCCUGUGAUAUAGCCAGGGGAAUGAGCUACCUGCACUACAAGAACAUCUACCACAGAGACCUCAACUCCAAGAACUGCCUGAUCAGAGUGACUACACGGGGCAGAGAGGCCCUGGUGACGGACUUCGGCUUGGCCCGGGAAGUGGCGGAGCUGCCAUCUAAGGACCCGGGCAGGAAGCUAUCUCUGGUGGGCUCCGCUUUCUGGAUGGCCCCGGAAAUGCUGAGAGGCGAGCUUUACGAUCGCAAGGUGGACGUUUUCUCCUUUGGCAUCAUGCUGUGUGAGAUUCUGGGCAGAAUCCCAGCAGACCCAGAAGUCCUUCCAAGAACACAGGAUUACGGCCUGGACGUGACCGCAUUCCGGGGGAUGGUCCAGGACUGUCCGCAGUGCCUGCUGCAUCUGGCCGCCUGGUGCUGCCUAAUGGAGGCCUUCCAGAGACCUUCCUUCACGGAGCUACUGGAGAAGCUGGAAGACACUGCGGAGGACCUUGGGCCUCCCGACUCCGAGCUGACGAGCGGGUGAAGGGGGAGUCGGGAGGAGGUGUGCAGACCUGGACCUCACCAAGUCUGUGCUCUCCACGGGGGAGCAUAUUUCGGGCUUUGUGGGCUGCCGGAAUGUUCUUAGACACCGGUGGGUCACAAGGAUCUUCUAAAGAUUGGACAGGUGUGUUUUCCUGUGACUUCAGGGACAUGUGUCUCAAGUGGGAAAAUGAAGACCACAGGCUGGAAGCCGGCAAGCCUGAGACUCUCCUUCCUGUGUGCGUUGGAGCAGUCGAACUCCUUUUAAAAUGAGCUGAACUGCUGACCGCUCAGGAGCGCGAGGGCGACCUUCUGUAACAGGCAUUCAAACCCAGAACCCAAAAACUGAGCUUAUUUUUGGUGUAAAGGUUUUGACUCCAGAUAAUACAGGAAAUUCUCAUUUUGCAACCUUUCAUCACUUCCUGUUUUUUAAAUACAGACACGGUGGUCCGUCACCACCGCUGCCAUGCGCCCAGCAGUCUGAGCUGUGCCCUCCCAUUAUAGGGUAAUUACCUCCAUAAUAUAAAAUAAUAACCCCAUAGUGACCUAAAAACCUAAUGGAACAGGAGGAAGCAGAGAUAUGGUGACCAAUGUGCCUGUACGCUCCUAAAAGGCAGUGGCAUUGUUGACUAUUAUUAAUUAAUUGGUGAAAUGUCUUUACCUAUAUACAGAAUGAUUUUUCAUUAUGAGAAUUUUAUAAAAUAGUCAACCUCAAAUGCGGGUAAAAAAACAAAACAUUCUUAAAGGGUUUAUAGUGUCAGUUUAAACUGGCUGUGAUCGUAAAUGGUUGACGGUUUCCAUCCACUUUUUAGGUGGUUUUUUUUCAAGCCAUGUCUUAGUGUGGACUCCCGGGAUUUUGCACCAGGAAAUACAGUCUCCUACACCACUUUGUAGCCACCUGACGUAGCGUGACAGGAGACGCAUGCUUUCCGGUCAGACGGGUGGAGGAGAAACCUGCCCCCCCCCCCCUGCAGUGUGGGACAUCCUUCGCAUGUCUACGUCAGUCCACAUAUCUGUGAAAGUUUAGCUAUUUAUGCUUUGAUUCGCUUAGCGGAGAGAGAUGAGGAAAUAACACAGUGUUCAGGCGGUGAGGUGAUCUUUAUCGGCUUUUUCAAUCUGAAAUUAAAUCUUGAACUCCUGUCUUUCUGUACCUUCCUGGUUCUGCAUACCACAGUUAUUUUUUCCUCAUACUGAUAAAAAAUAUUUCUGCUUUUGGAAGGUGCCACCUGCAUAUCUUGAGUGUACUCCUCUCUCCUUCUGCCUGCUAUCAGAGGUGUUGUGACAUUUACUACGUUUAUAUCCAAACUAAGCUGGGAAGACCCUAAACAUAAAAUAUUAGUUUUCAAAUGCAAAACUGAAUUGACUUAUUUCGCUUUUGGCUUCUGAUUUUAUAUUUGUUCUGCAAAGAGGUCAUGGCUGUUUUUACAGUGUGAUUGAGUGUGUGUGGAGCGAGGUUCUCAGCUGACAGACGUGCCCCCACCUGUCGGCAGCCCUUAAUCACAACCAAUUGUUUGCAGCCGCGCCUGGUGGAGUUGUAGCUGCGUCGGCGGCCUUUUCGGAGCAGCCUUUCUUGCAUCUUGCAUUCUUGCCUGUGUAGCUGCUACAAGGUCAGGAACUGCGAGAAAUUUACUAGGAUCAGUCCCUUUUGGAGUAGGGGCCGUUGCAAGUGGGAGGCUACACAUAUCCCCCAUCACAAAAUUUCACUUUGACACAACGAAAAAGGAGAAAGCGUGAGAUGGUAAUUUAUCUCCUAAGCAACACUGCAUCCUCGUAAGAAUGGGGGAAGGGACCCCCGCAAGUAACCACGGGUGACGCCUCGGGCAGAAGUAUUGGCUAAUUACAGUAAUAACCAUAAUAACAGUAAUACUAAUAACUGCCACAUUGUACAGCACAUUUCAUGCUAAGAUCUAUGGCCUAAGGGACAAAAAGACCCCUGAGUUUUACUGCACUAGUCUGCUGUUCUGUGCAUCUGGUUAAUAUUGGUAAGAGUCUUGAUAACCCUCAUUUUAGGUCUAUGCCUUUCCAACCUUAAGACAAAACAUUUGGUGCAUUCUUCUGUGCUCAUUAUAGUCAUUCUUCAAUCUUAUUGUAAGUGGGAAUCUUUUUUUUGUUAUUUUAACAAAGCUACCUGAUUGGCGGCUCUUGUUGUGCAGCUAACCAGAGGGGGCGCCAAAGUACACUGACAAAUUGGUGUCCAGGGGCCAAAUAGAUUCUUAGGUGUUUUGCUGGGGGGUGUGGAAAUCCGGGUGAAGGGGGAUAUUUGUUCCUGGUCAAGUUUAUUCUGUGACCUGAGCUCCAAACAUUCAUGGCAAUGCAUAACUCCUUCAUGAGUAGAUUAUGUAACACUCUAUUAUAAUGAUUUGUAUUUUUAAAGCACUUUUCAUUAUACAGACUCUGGGGUUAGAGAGGUGCAAAUGUUGGGCACAUGAAAAUAAAUAUUUGUUUCCCCCUUAUUGUCUUUUAAGAACAGGGGAAAUGGAGUCUGCAAAUAAAACAUAUGGACAGAAGAGGACUUUGGAACUGGCUCUAUAAAUGGGAGGUUUUGGUUUCACCUUCAAGCGCUGGUGUAGGGACUUUCAAAGGUCUGAAAAGGCUGGAGACACAGGGAUUGGCAGUUCUGUCUCCUUAGGGGGUACUAACUUUGUACUUUGUGUCAUUUGUGGAUCAGGGAGUGCUGAAAGUGCAACACAUUCUACAGGAACAUUAAAACAUCCCCUUAACAGAAAAUUACAUAAAAAAAAAAAUAACAAAGGUCACUUUGUUCGCCAACA